AAAACAUCAUACUGGAGAGUCGAUAGAUAGAUUCGUAGCAGGUUGCGAAUAAUUUUAACGAGCAAGAAUAACUCAGACCGCAUUGCAUAGUCAAGGAGCGUUAACUUGUCGAGAAAAUUAAGCGGAUGCCUAUUGUUCAAAAAAGAAGAAUUAAAAAGAGAAUGACCAAAACAACCAAAUAGUAUAGUGCAUGUAGAGCAACAACAAAGAAAAUACCAAAAACAAAUUAAAAAAAAAAAAAUUGUGAAAUAUUGAAAAAAACAAAAAUUUUGUGCAAUUAAGUAAAAACCCAAAUCGAUUGUCUUGUGAAUUUUGUGCGCAUCGCAGCAACAAAAAUAAGAUUUUUGAUGUUAAAAAAUCAGCAGCAAAUCUGAAAACGGACAUCUAGACGUUUUUUAGUUUUUCAAAACUCGAACAGAAUGGAUGAGGACCACGACGACGACGUAAUAUGAGAUCAGAUGGGGCUGUAAAGCCCCAGAAUAAAGCUUUCGUCUCCACUGCUGCUGGCAGUCGUAGUAAAGACGCUAGAGAACACAAUUCAAAUGCUAGCAAAUGGUGUGAGCACCAACAACGUCCGUCUCAACUAUUGUUAUCGCUUCAAAUUAUCACUGUUGCUGCCGCUGUCUUCACAACUGCCGCUUGCGCUAAUGCUUUCGUGAUCGCUGAUGCUGCCGCAAAUGUUGCCAUUGCUGAGGACCGAACAGUCAUUGUUGCACUGCGGCCCAUAUCGAGUAUUAGCGAAAAGCGUUUGGUAGAGCAACAUAUAUACAACAACAGCAACUUAUCGUUAAAAACGUACACGAAUAAAAAUGAAAAUAAAAACAAAAAUAAUUAUGAUGCACGCAAUUGUUAUGAGCUGAUGCGAAAUGAUCCAAACAAUCGCAACGCUAUAAAUUCCGAAAGGAAAAACAUUAUAGAAAACUUCAAAUGUGUAGUUUAUAGAAUUAAUGAAAAUCUAACUUACUCUACGAAAGCUUUAACACAAAAUAACGAAAACACCGAUUUUAAGAAUAUUCAUCGUAUAAGCGAAUUGCACAGCAACGUUGACACAAUGACUACGGUUGCUAAAGGUGCAAUUUGGGCCAAUCGCAAAUUGGGGCCUGAUUCAACUGAAAGACGUAUGCCAACAGAGGGCAAACACAGCAUGGAUGGCGCAGCAACUAAGGCCGACGACACCAAUUACAAUUACAAUGCAUUGCCAUUUCUAACGGUCUUCUGGUUCACGGUCUGUGGAUUUGCAACUUCGUUACUCAAUAUUCAAACGUACGCUGCAAAAAUGCUAAGCAUACCGGAGGCGCUGAUGCUGUAUAGUUGGGUUAACAACAAUUGUGAUAAACGUCAACACAAUGCAGGAGAUUCUGGGAGCGCAUUAUUGGCGCCGUCGUCGGUGGUGUUAACGCAGAAGCUGUCAAUAGGCAAAUCGUUGCCACAGGCGCAACUUCAAUCGGUCGUGCCCGCUGCUAGAAUCUCUACGUUGCAUGCCAGUCUGAGCGCUGGAUCGACCUCGCAGAAAAUUUCCGCAAUAAACCCACGUCUUUCUUUCACAAUUUCGUAUGUGAUGUAUGCAGCUUUUAUUAUUUUCCUGUUGCCAGCAGUUCGUAGUGAAGAGGGCGACAAUUUCUUCGCAGUUAACACUUUUAGUAUGAUUCCCGAAACGACUACGCCUGAAUUUGAUUAUGCCGGCCGAGGAAAGAAAAAGUUUGGUGAUAAAUGCGAUGGUACAUUGGAGUGUGGAUUCCCUGGUUCAAUUUGCGAUGCAAAAAAGAAGUCCUGUCAAUGCACCGAAGAUUUGCCAGUGACAAAUCAUAUCGAUAAAUGUGGAAAAGAGGCUGCUGUGAAUGAGUCCUGUUUCUUCAACGAACAAUGCGAGGUGAGACAUUACCAGACCGAAUGCCGCGAUGGACGCUGUGCUUGCCGUUACGAAAUGCAGCCUUUCUGGGGCAAAGAUGGUACAGUCGAAUGCAAAGGUCGUGGCGACAAACGUGGACCGGAGACUUACAUUGAUCCAGCAAUGAUUGGCGUACUGGUAGGAAUGGCAUUGAUGUUUGUUAUAAUUUGUGUCGUCCUUCGAUUAUUUAGCCAGGCACGUUGGCGUGAAAACCGGACAAUUUUCAACACACCAAAUCCGCGUCUCAUGAAUGUGUCGCUUUUGCGUGAUAGCAAACUCUUGCACGGCCAGGAGCGACGCGGCUCGCGUAUGUCGGUGCGAGCACCGUCGCGCCAGCCGAGCAUGGCUUCGCUACGUCCGCAUUCGCCGAAUCCGUCGUUAGUUAAAACAGAUCACAAAUCAAGUCGUAUGACGCGUUCAAAAAGCAAUACCCGUUCGAGUGAUUCCCGCGUUAGCGACGUGUCAAACUGUUCUCGUCUGCUCGAGCAUUCGAACACCAACGCACAACAUGCACCUCACACAUUUGCGCCGUACACGUCGACAACAACACACAUCACGAAUCUGCAAUCAUCACCACAGUCAAUACCGCCACCAAUAUCCACCGCAACUGCCAACGCUAAUACGAAUUCGGAUACCGAGUUGGAAGCGGCUAUGUGCUUGACAACGCCGCCACCAGUUGCCAUUAAAGCGAAUAAGUUUUGAAAACAUCGUCCCAAAUCAAGUCUGCAUCAGCGAGAUAACUCUUCUCGGUAUCCUAUAUGAUUGAUCUGAUCUGAAAAGCGAGCAAGUGCAUGGUGCGUUUACUUGAAAAAAAAAAAAUAAAAAAUUACUUGACUUUGAUUGCUUAAUGAACCUUAAUGGCGUUCUUUUCGUAUUAACUAAUAUAUGUAGUCUAAGAAUCCACUUAGAGCUACUCUGUUUCUUUCAAUACACCAAACUACUCACAACCUGCUGCAUAUCUUUAUAUGGAUAUGCUUAAGCUCAUAACAACGACACCACGUAGUUGUAUGUAUGUAGAUGUAGAGUUCUUUUACCUACCACACGUACACAUUUCAAAUUAUAUUUAAAAAAUAAGUAUAUAAAUUUGUAGCUGUAGAUGCGAAUAACCUUUCACACAUUUACACUACAAGCACUUAAAUAAGUAAAAAAGUUUGGAAGCAUCUGGAGAGUCUUCCAACCUAAUGUAAUGUCCAUGACAUCGGUCUAAAGGGUGGCUUAAAAAUUACGAGGAAGCCUCUGGUGUGUUACUACAUCAUCCAAAGAUCUUUAAACCAGAAAGUAUACACACAGCGGGCUUCUACGGCAAACUUCAGACUAGCUUCGAUGCAGCUCGAGUGACAUAACUAUGGCGAGACUUUAGAUUUGGGCCGCAAAAUACUCUAACUGUAAAUCGGUUCAGUGGCUGAAUUGAUUAAAGUUUACUACUUAGCGGCUGAUCUGGAAAUCAUUAUUAUUAAUAUUACCUUUUCUGACAGCUCGAUAUUAUCACUGAAGUUGUAGGAAUUUAUAAAUCUGAAAGAAGCCACAUUUAUGGCGAGGAUUGUGCGAGGUCGUAGAGGGGUGCCCUGAAAGCUGCCUAUUCAACCGACUGCUUGUGAAGAGUUUCGCCCUCUUAGGAUAUGUGAGGGACGAGGUGGGAAACUACGCAAUGAGUUGUGCGGAGUUGCUUAAUCUUCUCAUCGAUGCUCAUUUCUCGUAGUUUCAGCAGAAACCUCCGAUUUGGUUGAGCGUCGCCUUGGUAUAGCAAUAAACUCUUUGAAUACCUUGAGUUCAGCGGGACCGGACGAUAUUACAGCUCCCCGGUUGCAAAAUACGGAUGACGGAGAGACUGGGUAGGGUGGCGUUUACAUCACAGGCCGGCAAGCUAUCAAAUUUCUUCCAAGGGUUUCAGGUGAAUCAGGCUAUUCUUUUUUCUUAAAGGUUUUGGUAGGCGUAAGUUGGUAGAGCAGGCCUCCAUUCAUAAAGACUUCACUCUGGGGUGCCUUUACCGAUGUCGAAGACUUUACACAAUAUCCUUCCGGGUGUAAUCGGCAG